CUUCUUUUGGUCACCAGAGGCGCUAGUCGUUUUAUUGUGGGAAAACGGUAACGCGGAUUGUUCUGUUAUUUCAAAGAUUUAUCAUUAAAUAAUUUGAUGAAAGGUUUUAAACGUCGUUAUCUUCGCAAAUUCGAAAACUUAACCUUUGUGUUAUGAAGAUAAUCCAUAGAAUUCAAGCAUUUGAUUGAUUUUUGUUACAGUUUCAGUUGUAUGAAAUAAGAUUAACCAAAAUAACUUAUUGAAUAAUGAAAAAUGGAUCAUCAAAUUUAUAGGUAUGUUCGAAGAAGAUGGCAGAAGGUCUGAUUUCUGAAAAAGAUAUACAAGCAGAAUGGUUUUUAUUAAGGAUAGGGAAUUUCGAAAAAUGUGUUCUGAUACCUUUAGACAAAAAUGAAAUAAUUGUUGGAAGAAGUAGCAACAGACAUCUCAAAGAUAGUCCAGGAAUAUCUCGUAGACAUGUUCGCUUUGAGAGGACUUCCAAUGGCGGAUGGAUCAUUCAAGAUCUUCAAAGUACAAAUGGAGUCUUUGUCAAUAACGUCAAGAUCGAUUCUGGAUGUUCGUAUAACAUUCAAGAAUCUGAUGUAAUUGGGUUAGGAAUAACAUCUGCCACUUCAGAAGGACAUUUUUUAUUCAGAUUAUGUCGAAAACGGAACAAUUUUGAGAUAGAAUCUCAAAAUGUUAAUGUGGAACCAAAUAUAACAGGUAAAUUGAAAACAUCUCCCAGUCAGGAUGGUUCAGAAAAAUUUCAUUCUUUGAGUAAUCCUGUUACAAAAGAACAGAACUGUGAAGAGAUAAGUAGCAAUUCAAUUACAGACUGUAGUAUAUUGGAUAAAACUGUUCAAGUCAAAGAAUGUAUAGUAAAGUUAAAACGAUGUGAUGAUGAUAUUCUGAGGUUACAAAGAUCAAAAACCGAAAUACACAACGAAUCACCAUUAUCGAAUAGUGAUCAAGUGAAAUUGUCCAAACCUUCAAUUGAAAAGAAGAGAAGAAAGGAAACCAAUGACGUGAUAUCAAAUUGUGACCAUAGUGAAGAAUUUCAUAAUUUAAAUUUAAAAAACAUAAAGAAAGAAUUACCUGACGAAUCAUCAUCAUCAGAAAGUGAUGACCAUUACAAUUUUGAAAUUUGUAAUUUAAAGAAAAAGAAAAAGAUUCUUGGUAAAUCAUCAUCAUCAUCAGAAAGUGAUGACCAUGACGAUUUUAAAAUUUGUAAUUUAAAGAAAAAGAAAGAGAUUCUUGGUGAAUCAUCAUCAUCAUGUGAUGAUGAUGAUCAAGACAUUUUCAAUGUUUCAAAGACUUCACAUUUGGUAACUACAAGGAAAAGAAGAAUUUUCUCUUCUGAUGAUAGUGAAUCAGAUUUUUCUCCUAACCAUAGAGUUAAAAAGUAUUUAUCAGAAACAUACAAUAAAAAGUUAAAUAAUAAAGCCGAUCGUGAUAACAGUUCGAAUCAAAUCAUUCUUUUAAAAGACCAUUCUGGGAUUGUUCAGUCCAGUUUAAAAAAGUCCGAUAUAUUAUUAAGUGAUAUUAAGUGCGAAGAUGAGAAUUUGGAAGAAGAAUCAAAAACAAAUGAGAAGGAAGGAAAAGCUCUCUCAGAAAAUACAGAUAAAAAGAAUCUGAUCGUUCCCAACAAUGUAAUUGUAAUUGAAGAUGAUUUACCUUCGGAUGAUGAAAAAAAAUGUAAUAAAAAUAUAACUGAAUUUGAAGAUAGUGUUAUAAUAAUAAACGAAGAUUCAGGAUAUUCUCAAAGUGAUGAAAUAAUAAUUAUAUCGGAUGAUGAUGAUGAUGAUGAUGAAACUGAUGCUCACAGCGAUAAAAUUAAGCAAGUGGACAAUAAAAAAACUUUCAAAACCGAAAAAAAUGAUGAAUUUGAAUAUCGCUGUGAUGAGGAUUCCAAUAAUUAUUUUGAUGAUGAUAUAAAAUGUUCAAAGGAAGAUUUUCCUUGCGAUACUGUAGAUGAUAAUUUUAUACCUUUGGAUGAUGACGUUGCAAAAGAUAUUAAAGAUGAAGAAUUGUUCAGUCGACUUCUGUGGCCACCUCUUUCUGAAGAUCCCGAAGAGGAAACGAAAGAAAAGGAUUCAGAAGAAUUCUUUCCAGUACUUUCUCAAUCCUUCUAUUCUGAUGAUGAUGGCACUUCAUCAUCUGAAAAUGAAUCCCUUGUAACAACAAGACAGGAGAAAACGAAAAAUGUGUCAGAAAUUUCUAAAGAUGAUGACAAAACAAAACCAGAAAUCGGUCGCUCCUGUACUGGAGAUAAAUCAAGUGGCAUUCAAUGCAUUCAACUUACUGAAGCAUUGCCAAUGAAUCGUAGGCCUAAAUAUGCUCGUGGUCGAGAAGAAUGGUUUACUGAAAGAAAUGCUAAGAACGACGAAUUUCUGUCAAAAACAUCGGAAAAGAAAUUAAGAAAACCAAAUGUUCCCGUGAGAGAAAAGACGAAAGUGUCUACUAAGAAAAAGGAAAAGCACUGUUCAUUGAAAGAGAAACUUAAAGAAAAUAUGGGAUAUCGCUUACGCUUUCCAGGGGGUGGUUCCGCAAUAAGAUCUACUACAAAUGCUAAUGAUAUCAGAAUUAUUAGCAGCAAUAAUAAUAAUAUUCAAACAGAUACAACAAACAAAUUAGCAAAAAAUAUGGAUGCUCAAGCUAAAUUGCCACUCGUUCAUCAACAAGCAAAGAAAAAGGCUACGAUACCAACUCGGAAUUUCGAAUCCAGAUCUUCGAAACUUGCUGAAGAUAUGAUUAACAAUUCAGCUAGCAAUGUCAAUUUGGCUAAGAAAACGUCAGCAAAAACUGUUUUGGAAAAAUCUAAGUCAAAUUACAAAAAUUCUCUUCAAAAUUAUAAAAUUCCAAAAAAGACGACACGUUCAGAAUCAUCUGAAUCUGAACUACCAAAAGAUAAGGACGAGAGGAGACAUUCUUUAAAUGGGUUUCAUGACAAACAGAAAGAGGUGAAAAACAAAGCUGGUCAAUCUUUAAUUGAGGAUCGUGCAAAGCUUACACAAAGUUUGCAAAAGAAUGUAGGAACAACUAAUAAAACAAAAAAAGUUAGAUUUUCUGCUAAUGUUGAAAGUCGACAGAUAAUGACAGAUGUCAGCUCUUAUAGCUGUUCUGUAUUGAAACCUUCAGAAAAUUUGAACAAAAGGGGAAAAUUCAUUAAUAAUAAUAAUAAUAAUACCUUUCCUAAUCAACUACAACAAAAUCAGUUCAUGACUAUAGAAAAUGUAAUCGCUAAAAUAGUUCAGUGGAACGUAAACUGGUUGUUAGAACAGAGAGAAAAAGUUAAUCCACCACCUGUAGUAGAUCAAACAUCUUUAAAGAAAGUCACACUAUCCUAUAAUUCUUUAGAAGAAUACUUUAAUACAUACAUAAAUUUAUUAUUAUUGGAAAUAUGGAACUGUAUUUUCAGAUCAUGGAAAACGAAAACAGAACGUUCAACUGGUAGAAGCAUUUACGCUUCAGUUACAAGUUAUAAUUCAUUCAGAGAUAUGAUGAUACUGAACUGUCAGACAGUAGUAUCAAUGAAAGAAUCUUUUGAUAAAGCAUCGCAACCAUUUGAAGGGAAUCUUGUUAUUAUGGAUUUAAGGAUAAGUAACAUUCAGAAAGCAGUUGUAAGAGUAUUUGGUUAUAUAUCAGAGCAUAAAACUGAAAGAUUCAGGGCUCAAGCCAAUUCUCUAUUAAAUAAUUUACCAGCUAGUAAAGAAGAAAACUCUCAAUUAGUCUCAUUUGUAGUGAAAACAAAAUUGCGUGAGCAAAGUCUCGAUCUUUCAAAACUCAUGAAAAUUCAGGGUAUUUGGUAUUUAAGACCGUCCUUAAGACAUUUCGAUGCGUUACUAAAGUUUUCCGAUAGCAGUCUACAUCCUUUCAUUAUUAAACCCGAUUUUAAAGUGUGUUCGUUUGAAAAAAACCCUGAUUUUCGUCUUAGAUCUAUGGAAAAUUUUAAUGCAUCACAGAAACAUGCAAUUGCUAAUAUAUCCAGAAGCAUAUGCCAGCCACACUCCAUUCCGCGAAUUCUUCUUCUGCAUGGUCCACCAGGUACUGGAAAAACUUCCACCAUUAUAGGAAUUAUUCAUCAAUUGUUAAAUCAGAGGGUGGGAGACCAAUAUGUGAAAUUUCUUAUCACAGCUCCUUCUAACGCUGCAGUGGAUGAAAUCGGCCGACGUUUAUUGAAACAAAAAUCUUAUCUGAAGAAACCUGAUGGAAAAAAAGUACGAUUUGUUCGAAUCGGACAGUGCGACCACGUUCACAAAGAGUUGAGAUUUUAUUUUAUUGAUGAAUUGGUUAAGUAUAAUUUGAAAGAAAUGAUGAACGAAAGCGAUCUUCAAAUUAGCAUAAAUGACUUAGAAGCAAGGAUUAAUAGGUUGCAAUUGGAGAUUCAAACGAAAAAAGAUCGUAAACAUCCCGAAAGUGAAAUAAAAGAUAAACAGUUACAGUUAGAAAAAUAUUAUCAGAGGCUUGAUUACUUUAGAAACAGAAACGAUAGUUUUAGAAACAUCGAGUAUUAUAAGCAGAAAUUAAGGAUAGAGAUCUUAACCAAAGCGGACAUCAUACUCACUACGUUAAACAGUUGUAAGAAUGCACCACUAGAAAAUGCUUUUGGUAGAAAUAGUUCUGUUACAUUCACUUGUUGCAUCGUGGACGAAGCUACUCAAUGCACAGAACCUGAAAUUUUGAUUCCCCUCGAAUAUGGAAUCAAUAAAUUGGUGUUAGUGGGUGAUCCACAACUGUUGCCAGCGUUAGUUACUUUGAAAACUGCUGCACAGUGUGGAUUUCAGUUAUCUUUAUUUGAAAGGUUUUACAAAUAUUUUUUGCAAAUGAAACAACAUAGUCCAAUUUUUAUGUUGACUGAACAAUAUUGUAUGCAUCCCGAAAUCUGCAAAUUUCCUUCUCAACAUUUUUAUGGUACUAGAUUAAUAUCUAGUGGAACUCGUCCUCAAUUUCCUAUAAAACCAUAUGUAAUGUUAGAUAUUAUAGAUAGUCAAGAAUGUAAAGAUAAUCCUGCAAAUAUAUAUAACAUGCCUGAAGCAAAUUUUGUCAGCAAACUAUGCAUGGAACUGUUACAUAUUCUUCCCAUGUCCAGUUCCAUAGGCAUCAUUACGCCUUAUCAGGGCCAGAGACAGGUUUUCACUAGAUAUUUUGAGAGUCAAACGAGUUUGAGUAAGGAAUAUCAGCAAAGAAUAGAAAUAAACACCGUCGACGGCUUUCAAGGACGUGAAAAAGAUGUCAUUAUAUUGUCUUGUGUCAGAGGAAAUAAUUAUUCCGGAAAUAUUGGAUUUUUGAACGAUGGACAAAGAUUAAACGUGGCCAUCACUCGAGCCCGCUGUUCGCUCAUUGUGUGCUGUCAUGUGGCAUUUCUCAGGAACCAUGCUCAUUGGAAUGCUCUAAUUUCAAAUGCUGAACAAAGAAAUCUGUUAUUUCCUGUUAAAUCAUCAUCUGUGAAUGAAGUGAUCAAAAUGAUCACGUAUUAGAAGAAUAACAAAAUAAUCGGUUGUAAACUAACCAAGAUUAUUGUAAAUUCAUGUACAUAUGUGACAUCACUGCUCCAUUAUCUACUGGUGUAAAUAAAUUUCCAAGUCGGAAUAAAUAACAGUUCUUCAUCAUAUAAAAUUUUUUUUAUAUUUUAUACACUACGUUCAUUUGUAAGCCAAAUUAUAUCAAAUUAUAUGUUAAGUCUUAAAUUAUACGACUGGAAUAUUGUAAUAUAUAAAAUAUCAAAUAAAAGUUUUGAAAUAAAAUAUUUGUUGAUAUGUUGGAAAGACAAAUUUGAGUUAUAAUUGAAACAAUUGGAAAAACAUCAUCUGGCGAUACAUAAAUUCCACACUAAGCAUGCAUGCAUUUUUACAGUGGAAAAACUCGUAGCUCGAAUCUUAUUUUACACACAAAUCCUCAUUGCCUAUUAUAUUCUAUAAAACAAUGCAUAAUAUGAGAUGUUACUGUACGAGGUUUUUCAAUGGUACUGUACUUGCAUGCAGCAGUAUGUAGUUUGAAAAUGAAUAUUCAGUACAGUCGACCCCCCUAAAAAAAUUGAUAGUAUUCGUAAAACAUGCUUAAAAACUCAUAAUUCGGUAAAA